AGCCUGCGCAACGGCAGGGCACCCGGCGGUUCAGGUCGCUUAGAAAGUCGUAGGUUGGGUAGUGCGGGUCGCGGCGGGGGCUGCGGAGAGUGUGCUUAACUGAGGGGCGUGAUGGGGGAGGCGGCCGUGGCCGCGGGGCCUUGUCCGUUGCGCGAGGACAGCUUCACGCGCUUCUCGUCGCAGAGCAAUGUGUAUGGGCUGGCAGGAGGCGCCGGCGGGCGCGGGGAGCUGCUGGCCGCCACCCUUAAAGGGAAGGUGCUGGGCUUCCGCUACCAAGACCUCCGACAGAAAAUCCGGCCAGUGGCCAAGGAGCUGCAGUUCAACUACAUUCCCGUGGAUGCGGAGAUUGUCUCCAUCGACACUUUCAACAAGUCACCCCCCAAGCGGGGUCUGGUUGUGGGGAUCACGUUCAUCAAGGUACCUAGAGGCCCCUCCACCUCCCUUCGCCCUCCUCCUUACACACAUGGAUUCAGGGGACAAGGGCAGCCCCUUCCUGAACAUUUACUGCGACUACGAGCCCGGCUCUGAGUACAACCUUGACUCCAUUGCCCAGAGCUGCCUGAACCUGGAGCUCCAGUUCACUCCCUUCCAGCUGUGCCAUGCAGAGGUCCAGGUCGGGGAUCAACUUGAGACCGUGUUUCUCUUGAGUGGAAACGACCCGGCCAUUCAUCUCUACAAGGAGAACGAGGGGCUGCAUCAGUUUGAGGAACAGCCCGUGGAAAACCUCUUCCCAGAGCUGACGAACCUGACCAGUAGCGUCCUCUGGCUGGACGUCCACAACCUCCCCGGCAUGUCCCGGCGCCUCUCAGCUCUGGGCUGUCAGAGUGGUUAUGUCCGUGUCGCCCACGUGGACCAGCGGAGUUGUGAGGUUCUGCAAAUGUGGUCGGUCCUGCAGGACGGCCCCAUCUCCCGAGUGAUCGUGUUCAGCCUCUCGGCCGUCAAGGAGACCAAGGACGGGCCACCACAAGAUGAGUACAGCGUGCUCGUGGCCAGCAUGUUGGAGCCAGCAGUGGUGUAUCGGGACCUGCUGAACCGGGGUCUUGAAGACCAGCUUCUCCUGCCCGGCAGUGACCAGUUUGACAGCGUCCUCUGCGGCCUGGUCACCGACGUGGAUUUGGAUGGGCGGCCAGAAGUCCUGGUGGCCACCUAUGGACAGGAACUGCUGUGUUAUAAGUACCAGGGCCCGGAGUCGGGGCUUCCUGAGGCCCAGCACGGGUUCCGCCUGCUGUGGCAGCGGAGCUUCUCCAGUCCCCUGCUGGCCAUGGCUCACGUGGACCUGACCGGGGAUGGGCUGCAGGAGCUUGCCGUGGUCUCCCUGAAGGGCGUGCACAUCCUGCAGCACAGCCUGAUUCAGGCCUCAGAGCUGGUCUUGACCCGGCUUCGACAUCAAGUAGAGCAGAGGAGACGUCAGCUACAGGGGUUGGAGGACGGGUCAGGUGCAGGGCCUGCUGAGAAUGCAGCCUCUUAAGCACCCACGCGCCCACUCUUCCCAGACCUGGGGCGACUCAUGGCAUGCUCACCUCCAGCCAUUGGUGGGGGGUGUCCUGAAGGACAGGAUGCUCUCCCCAGACCUCCCCAGGGUGGUGAAGCUGUGCCCUGGGACCCCAGCUAACCCACUCCUCUAUCUGUGCCUCAAUGUCCCUAUUUGAAAGCGGGGAUGAUCCCAUUCCACCCUGUCCACUCUGGAUGAGAAUUGGCCACCUGAUGGUUAUUUAUACGUCCAGAAGAACAGCA